AAAGCUUGCAAGCUUCCACUUCGGAGUCGGCGUGCAUGCCAGCACGGAAUUAAAUUGAGGAUGCCAACGUUAAACAACAUUUUCCUAGCUUGCGUGCCGAAGUGCCACUUCGCUACCACAUUGAUUGAGGAUGGGCCUUUAGUGUUUCAAACUCUUGCUUCUACUACUCCGAGUACUCCACUCUAACUCUUGACUCCACUUUUCCGAUCUCUCUCAACAACCGCAAGCCUGCACCGAGUCUUAGUGCACCUGCGCCCCACCACCAGCUGUUUUUUUCUUUGGAAAAAUUUGAAAGAUCUCAAGGGAUAUCUAUUCCACGAUUCCACGACAACAUAAAAGUUACUUUUUUCCAUCAGAAUUCAGUUAAAAAAAAAUCCACCAUGAAUAAUUAAUAAUUAUUCAUUUCAACAAAUCACCAGUAAGAAUUUUUUAUGAUGCAUUUGCUAUGAAGUCUCUAUUCCUCUAGUCAUCAUGUCAUUGCCAAUUAAUUUCCCAAAAGUAGUAAUCUGACUGACAACUUGUGAGGCGAAUUAAAGAUUUUAAAAAUAUGGGAAUUUGUCGAUGCUACCAAUAGUAAAGCACUUCAUUCACUUCCAACUUCUGUAUCUUGGAUCUGGUCAUAACUAUUCUGUACCAUCAUAGACAAUCAUGACCUCUUCUCAAAGUUUAGAAGAUAGGCUAAAGCGACUGAUUUACUUGAACAGUGCUGAUCCUCAGUUUAUUGUCGGAGAUCCAGAUGUAUACCAAAAAAAUCUAGGGCGAAGUAGCAUAGAAGCAUGCAUCGAUGCUAUCAAAAAUGAUUUAAAUGAAAUAUUUUCAAUAUUGGAUGCAGCUAACAAAGAUAAUCAUCUACCAAGAAGAUCAAAUCUAUUUUUUAUUUUGGCAAAUUUAGCAAUUUUGGAGCAAAUUAAACCGGAACAAAAAAGUAAAAUAACUGCAAAAGUUCUUGAACUGUGUCAGAGUGAUGAAGAGUUUUUUAUGUUUAUCAAAUAUUACACUGAAAGGAAACCUAAAAGUAAAAUGCCUUCUUCCAUUGAAAAACUUGUUAGAAAGUACUAUACAAAAAAAAGUCCUUUGGAACUUGCUCAAUCUGUCGCUAGUUGCAAUAAGAUGCACACAUGGACUCAUAAAGAUUUGAUAAAAUUGGCACAUUUUAAAUCGGAUACACCUUUAAAAAAUGUUGUUGUAAACUAUAUUUUAAACAAAAAACUAAGCGACAAGGCCACAGACGAAGAACUCGAAGUUUUAGACAUUAUAUUAAAAUCAGAUAAACUGAAAAGGACCAAUGAAGUAGUUGAGGCAGUUCCCAUUUUAACAACUCAUAAAUUUACAAUGAAUCAAGUGUCAUCUAGAUUGCAUGAAAAUGCUGAGGUAUGGAGUGCAGCUAUUCAAAACAUGUCUAUUCAACAAAUACUGCCUUGCAUAGAAAAACUUCACAAACUGCAUUUAAUAAAACCGGAAACAACAAUAAGAAAUCAUCUGAGUGACCUACUCACCAGCCCAGAAAAAGUUAAAGCAAGCAAAAUUCAUCCUAUAGAAGUUUUUACUUAUAUGAAAAGACUUGAAAAGGGCGGAAAGCCAAUAAAUAUAAAAUUAUUGAACUAUUUGCAAAACGAAAAAAAGCUCGGAUCAGCAGAACUUGAAAAAGUUCAAACUAGAACAAGAGUUAAGAAAGCUGAAAUUUUGAAAAUAUUAAAUAAAUGCUUCGAAUUGGCUUGCAGCAAUGUCUCACCGACCAACAAAAGAUUCUUGGUGACAAUUGACGUAGCAUCGAAUGCCAAAGAGGAAUUAUGUAUUGGAAACAAGGUGCUUUCACUUUUGGAAGCUGCCUGUGCAUAUGCGAUAGUUUUGCUUAGAGUCGAGAAGGAUGUCAUGAUUGCAACACACAAAGAUGAUAAAAUUGAACUUUUAUCUAUUGAAAAGAAUAUCUCCUUUGCAACUCUACUCAAAAAAGUUGAAGCAAAGACAACCACAUACUCGUCUCUCUAUGGACCAGUAGAAUGGGCGGCCAGUGAGAAAAAACACGUCGACGUGUUCGUCAAUUUUAUUCACAACAAUAUGAAAAUUAGAUUUGAGCCAAUUGUUAGAUAUAGAUCGAAAGUUAAUCUUCCAAAUGCAAAAUUUGUAACUUUUGCACCAGUGAAGAAGUACUUACCUCUCUGGGUUGACUUGCCCACAAACGUGCUGGACAUAUUGGGUUUCGAUGCUACCUCUUGCAAGGUAGCCGAAUGCUUCUUCAGGGGCGCCUUCUGCUAAGUUGACGUCCUACGUAAGGAUUAUAGUGUUUUUCGAUCUAACACAAUAUUUUAAACUGAGAUAUAUUCUCCAUCCACAAAGAACGUGUUCGAAAAUGUGCAGCUUUUAUUUCGUUAUGUCUGUCUAGUAUAAGUUAGUGAUGUAAUAUUGCUCUCUAAUAAUUUGUUUUAUUAAUUAUUUGGCCUCAACAAUCAGUCUAAAAAUUAGCCAAAUCUGUGAUAGCAAAAUAUCGGGUCUUCAAAAAAAAAACCAAUCGAAGAUUGCUUUGGUUACGAAAACGUACGUCGCAUUACUGUUUAUUUAUUGGACAGUAUUUUUGACAAGUCAUUUUGACAUUAAAGUUAAUUGACAAAAUUAAAUAAAAAUAUUGCUAAGACAUACGUUUAAAAAACCAUAACAAUCUUAGAUUGUUUUUUUUUUGUAGACCCGAUAUAUUCAAUAAAAGGAUUUUAAAUGCAGGAUAUCAAUUUUUUUUAGUAUUUGAAAUGAUGGAAAUAUUCUUAGAAUGUUAACUUUUUGUCAAACGAAAGAUAUUAAUUUGAGAAGGUAGUACAUUAUUUGGCAAAUUGGCUAGUUUUUAGCAAGGCAUUUAGAUAUAAAAAUAUUAUCUUGAACUAAUACUGCCAUUUAGAUUUGGGAAUAAUGCUAUUUAAAUCGAAAAAUCGGACCUCAGGCAGUGAAAAUUUUCUAUUUUUCUAACUUAGUAAGCAAUAGUAGGCUUUUUUCAAUUUUGAUUUAUUGGAAGAGAGCAUUGUUCCCAAAAUUUCUUGUGGCACAGCAUCUGUUUCUGUUUUGCACUGUAUUUAUUCUAUGAUAUUUUUUGGAGAUUUCAAGAAUAAUCUCGUUGAGCCCCACACAUGUACAUAGAUCAAUUGGAUUCUCAUCAAUGGGCAAGAAUCUAUAAAGUCAAGUUUUCCCUUCAAGUCAAUUUUGUCAGUUGGGGUUGAUUUAAUAGUAAUAAUUGAUGUUGAAAACCUAACGAAUAAAAAUUCAACCUAUAGGCAGGUAUAUGCACUGUUCUCAAAAAUAAAUGGAUAAACAAAGAAUGCUUCGAAUGCUGCUAAUUUACGAAGUGCUAAUGUAAACAACUGGGACAGCUGUGAGUGUGCGCAGUAGAUACAUGUACAGAAAUUAUGACAGUUUAAAAUGUAAUCAAGAUAAAAUGACCACCCUGUACAGUGGGUGCGCAAAAUAUUGUCAAUGAAAAUGAAGGAUAUUUCAAAAUUUAGAACAGUUGUUCGAAAGAUAAGACAUUGCGCAGGCGUUAGUCUGUUCCGUUGCACAACUGUUCGUAGAAUAUUGACCCCAAAUUUUCGCACAAGUUUAGCCAGUCAAGCCGUACGAUUGUUUAUUCAUUUAUUUUUGAGAUCAGUGGGUAUAUGUCAUUGGUAUAUAUCAAAAUUAAUCAUUAUUUUCAAUUUUCAAAAGCUCACUAUGUCAGACUUUCAUAAUACUACAUACUAAGUUUCUUUUGGGCGAAAAGUUGAGGGUUUAGUUACAUAAUUUUCAGUAAUACGGUUCAUAGUUCAUAUCAAACAGGUAUCAUUCAAAAUUUAAUCUAUGAUGGUCCCAAUAGUAAAAUUUAGGCUGAAAAUUGGCAAGCAAGCCAUGGUUGAACUCACUAACAGUAAACUAGUGGUUAUAAAUCCAGCCUAAUUUGCGUCUGUAUGUGUUAUUAUACAUAAAGUAUUAGUGUGGGGCAUUUUGUAAUAAAAUUGAAUCUGAAUUAAUUAGGAAUAGUUACUCAUAUGAAUAGCCAGUAACCUUAUUUAUUAGAUAAAAAAAAAAGAUAAAAAUACAAAAAAAAAAUGUUGAUUAAGCGUAUUAUAACUAUAAGCGAGAGUAUUUGUGCCUUUAAGUCGUUAAAUCUGAAAAUUCAAAGACCAUUCUUUUUACUUAUGGAGGUUUAGUGCAAAGUCGCGCAUAUUUCUAAUAUUUUUUUUAGUAGUAAAUUCACAAAACUCUUGAAUUAAUUUAAUGGGUUUUCAUUGAUUUUUAUCAAUCCUCUUUCCUAAACAUCCUAACUUCUAUGCAUUACAAUCUAAGUCAAGUUAGGGCUUGUUGACAUAAUAUAUGUAUUGAAAAAGAGAGCAACAAUUUUUUUUGUUGAAAAAGUCAAUAAGUUUGAAGAAAAUAUGACCAUUGUGCUUGAUUGAGUCUCCAUUACAGAAAGAAAAACCUUUCAGACAUUUCAAUGCGUUAUUUUCUUUGGACCUACCUAAUUUAAAUUUUUUGUAUGGCUGUGUUUGAAUUACCUCAAUGUUUGUUUAAAUACGUUCAAAGUGUUUAGUGCAACUUCUCUUCUUACCAAAGUGUCUUGUUUUCUUUUGAAAAAUAACGCAUUGUAAAUUUAGAUUUUUUAGAAAAGUUUCACCUAAAACGGCUUCUAAACGAAACGAACGAUUUUUUUUAUUUAUUUAUUUUCCCAAAACCCUUAAAUAAGCUAAUUAUUAAUGUUUUACUCUUAAGGUAGCAUUUUAUAAUAUUGACACUCACUUAUUGAUGGUCGAUAUUUUGAUGAUCAUAGCUUACUAGUGUAGAAUUUAACUUAGUAAACAUAAUAUCCGCAUUAACAUUAUGUGAUUAAGAAAUUUUCAAUUUCAAGAACCUUCCUACUCGGAUAGAAAAAUUACCUAUCAUCAUUUUCUAAAAAAUGUCCUAAAGAUUAUACAUAUUUAUUUUAUAAGUUUGAUCAGACUAAAGUUACAAUAAAUUCUUUGCUGUGAUACUAAUUCUUUUUAAAAAUCUCAGGCUGCAAACUUAUAAAAAAUAAAUAAAACCAAUAUUCUAGUAGUGGACACAGGAUUUAUUUUUGAUAUUUGAUUGGUAUCAAAAAAUACUUGAUCUGUUUUUGUAGGUUAACUUCUUUGGGUUUAUUCUUUAACUAUUUAGGUUUUUUCUUUAUUUAUUGUUACAAAAUAGUGCCAUAUCAAACAAAUAAUACAAUAAAUUCGGUACAAAGAGAAAUUUUAUUGGGUGUCCGUUUGAUACUUUCUUUUUGGGUUUUGGUAGUAAUUAACUUUGAUGAGACAUCUGAAAUUUUAUUCCUGUAACUUUAUUUAUUUUAUUCUUCUAUAAUUGGUUGUAAGUUCAUUCAAACUAAUAGCUUUCUAUUUGUAUUUAAUUUAACCCUUAUGCUUUUAUUGUAUUAUUUAUGGGCUAUCGUAAGUAUUUAUUGAUUUCCAGUUAUUUCGGACUUGAAAAUUAAUUGUCUGUAAGUAUUCUGAUUCGACGGGAGUAUUUUUUAUGUUUUAUAUUCAAACUUUGGAAAAUAAAGUAACCAAAAUUGUUACAAUAAAAUCAGUUGUAAACCAGUUCGU